CCAUGGCAAUAAGCUGCCAUAGCUAUUGGGUAGGCGUCAUUCAUUCGCGCAUCGACUGUGGUGGCCAAAUUCGUCAGUUUUCACGAAAUCCCUCAGAGGAGCAAGAAGCGUAUGUAUGCAUCUCGUGCGCGUUUUUUCCCCGCGCGCGUUUUUUCCCCGACCAGAGCUACUUACGCAUCACGUUGCAUUGAUUCAACGACGCCUUCCUGUCGAGGGCGGGUGAGGCGAGCGGACGGUUGAAGGGGAUGAGGCCAAGCAACGUCUGGAAUUCGGCUCCGCAGGAGGGUCGAACGUGACGUGGGGCGCGCCCCCUAGUUUUUCGAAAGGUGGUAGAAAAGAGAAGGGGGACGGAGGAGACAGUUAAUAAAAGAGGGAAAGGAAGGGAAGGACGAGAGAGAGAGAGAGAGAGAGAGAGAGAGAGAGAGAGAGAGAGAGAGAGAGAGAGAGGAGGGUUAGGGAAUGGCAACGGACGCAUGUAGAAGAGUUAUCAGCAGCAGCAGCACGUGAGUUGAGUGUGAGGAAGGGGUGGAAGAGGAGGGGGGGGGGGGGAGAGAUGGUGGCGGUGGCAACCGCCUCCCAGGGUCUAUUGACCCCUGUAUCGUCAGGAGCGAUGUCGCCGGCGUGGGCGACAGAUGAUGGCGACGAGAUGCUGUCACGCAUCAAGAAGCUGACAGAUAUGGGGGCAAUGACUCGUCUUCUUCACGAGACGGUGGCGCGGGAGAGAGAUAUCGAUGUGGAAUUGGACGGUUUGCUAGCUCAGAGGCAAGAUCUGGAGAAGAAGCUGCUGGCUAUGGUGAAGUCGGCGGAGGUGCUGGAGUUAGUGCGCGCCGAUGCGGAGCAGAUGCACCGCAGCGUGCGCGGCACCUGUGCACUGGCGGAGCACGUCAGCGGGAAGGUUCGCGAGCUCGACGUCGCGCAAUCGCGCGUGCACGACUGUAUCGUUCAGAUAGAGGCGAUAGUGGACAGGACGAACUGUAUAGAAGGUGUGAAGAAAGCUCUGGAGGGGGAGGAUUACGAGGCGGCGGCCAAGUACGUUGCAACGUUUUUGCAGCUAGACGUGGAAAACGGGCGGCGGGGGGCGGGGGAGGCCGAGGGGGUGGGGGAGGAGGCGAAGAAGGAGAAGAAGGAUAGGAAGAAGAAGAAGAAGAAGAAGAGGGUGCAGAAGAAGGACGGCAGAACUGGCGAAGGCGGCGAGAAGGGGGGAGAGGACGGUGAUCGGGAGGAAGGAGACGAGGAGGAGGAAGGCGAUGAAGAGGAAGAAGAGGGUCUGGGCGAGGCGGCGCAAGAUGACUUGGCAGGAGGAGGAGGGGGAGGGGGGAGAAGUGGCGCUGGGGCGCUGGCGGCGCAUUUCGGUGGUGAAAGUGGGUUGUCGGAGCAGCGCGCGCAGCUGUUGCAGUCGAAGAAGACGCUGGAGGACGUGAUUAGGCGGCGAUUUGCGCAGGCGGCGGAGGUGCGCGAUCAUGCGGGAGCGGUGCGGUUCGCGCGGCUCUUCGGACCGCUGGGGUUGGAAGAGGAGGGGGCGCGCGCCUUCACGUCGUACCUGCGCGGGGUGGUUGCCGCGCGCGCAGCGGAAGAGUUCGACGCACUGACCCGCGCCUUGGAGGCCGCCGCUCCCCCGCUGAUCCCCGCGCUUGGCGCCGCCGCUGCCGCCUCCCCCCCCGACGCUUUCCCCGGCGACUUCGUCGGCGCUUUGACCGAGCUGCUCAAGGACAUCGCGCUCGCGAUCGAGGAGAACGAGCAGCUGAUGCUCGACGCCUUCGGCGAGGAGUCGCUGGCUAACGCGGUGAAGGAGCUGCAAGCGGAGUGCGACGUGCGCGGCGGCAAGCUGCUGAAGUUGUACGUCUCAUCUCGUCGGCUGACGUGGCUUGUCAAGGAGGUGAACGAGCGCAAGGCGCGGGCGGGCGGCGGCGGCGGAGUCGUCGCUGGAGUCGUCGCCGUCGGGGGCAAUGGCGACGAUUCCCGCCCCGAUCCGCGCGAGGUGGAGCUCCAUCUAGAGGAAAUGCUCGUGAUCGCGCAGCGGAGCGAGGAGUACGCGCAGUUCAUGACGGAGAAGCUGCGCGAGGCGGAGGCGGCGAGCUCUAGCGCACAGAUGAGCCCCAGAGCCGCCAAUCUGUUGCGCCGCAGCGGAUUCAAUCGCGCCGUCCAAGAGGUGAUCGGGUGUUAUAUAGUCCUAGAGGAGUACUUCAUGGUGGAGAAUGUGGCCAAGGCCAUCCAGAUCGACGAACCGAUGGCGGAAUCGUUGACCACAUCCAUGGUGGAUGACGUGUUCUACAUACUGCAGAACUGCGCGCGGCGCGCAAUAUGCACGGGGAACGUGCAGUGCGCGCUGGCGGUGGUGAACAACGUGAGCAAUUUGCUGGGGAACGAGUACAAGGAGGCGCUGCAGCGGAAGCUGCGCGAGCCCAAUCUUGCGGCCAAGCUGUUUGCGGCGGCGACGGCGGCGGGGGGAGUCGGGGGCGGCGGCGGAGCUGGAGGGGGACCCGGCGGAGGAGGGGUAGCUGGCACGGGAAUGGCGCGCGGGGGCGCGGACAUCGCCACCGCGCUCAAUAAUGCUGACGUCAGCACGGAAUACGUUCUCAAGCUGCGGCACGAGCUCGAAGAACUGGCCGCUGAGAUAUUCACAGCGGCAGCGGACAGGGAGAAAUUGAAGAGUUGCUUUGGAGAGUUGUCAGAAACAAGUAACAUUUUUAGAAAAGUGGCAAUGGCUGGUUUGGACCAGCUGACUAACACAAUCACUCCACGGGUCCGUGUCGUCCUCGAUGGUGUCGCGGCGGUGGACUACGAGCUUACCGAGUCGCAGUAUGCAGAGAAUGAAGUUAAUGACCCAUGGGUGCAGCUGCUCCUGCACACGGUGGAGACAAAUACAUUAUGGUUGCAGUCGUUGUUGACGACAAAUAACUACGAUGCGCUCAUAUUGUCGAUUGUCGACUUCAUCGUGAAGAGACUGGAAGCCCUGAUGUCGCAGAAGCGGUUCAAUCAACUGGGGGGCCUGCAGUUGGAUCGUGACGCGAGGACGCUGGUAUCUCAUUUCUCGACGAUGACGCAGCGGACAGUCCGUGACAAAUUUGCACGGCUAACGCAAAUGGCGACGAUACUCAACUUGGAAAAGGUGUCCGAGAUUUUGGACUACUGGGGCGAAAACUCGGGACCUAUGACGUGGCGACUGACUCCGGCGGAGGUCCGCAGGGUUCUUUUGCUACGAGUCGACUUCAAACGGGAGCUGGUCGAAAGUCUAAAGCUCUAAUCCUUUUAUAGAUUCAUUGCUCUUUUAUCGAAAUAAAUGAGUUGCUAGUUUCAGUGGGUAUGGAAUGCGAAUUCGCUGCGUCUUUCUCUGGUUAGUAGUGAGAUCGACGGAGUGCAUGCUUGCAUCGGCCAUCUCCCAACUCACAGGUAAAACAUGGGUCAGUUUCCCACUUCCUUUUCCUUCUCCAGAAGUUGGUUUUGUCUCUGGCUUUAUCUUUACUGCCAGUGGGGUAUCUUUCAGUUUUUCAAUUCACUGCAAAGGAUUGUGUAUCGGGGAAAAGAGCGCAUGGUACAGUCGAA